AUGGGCCUCGCGAGUGGACAAAUGAAAUGCAAGCUAUCCUUGCUGACGCUAAUAAACCCAAAAAAAGGGCAUGAAGAUACUCAGUCUGACAUUUGCAACGAGGAGGAUCACAAUGAGGAAGUUUACAUCGAAGAGGUUCACAAUGAGGAGGUUCACCAUGAAGAUGUUCGCAACAACGGCGAUACCAUUUGCAACGAAGGUCAUAAAUUAACUCCUCAGGAAACUCCAAUUCUCAAUGAGUUUGUUCCUUCUCCUCCUCCUUCAUCUACAACCACUAACAUUCAAAUCACUAUUUCACCAUGGCCUCCACCAAUCUCCACUCCACCACAGGCUACUAUUCCAUUGUCUGUUCCAAUCUUCACUGAAUCCACACCACCAUCAACUAUAUCAGCCACACCUGUUGUUUCGGUCAACGCAUCUGAUGCGGGGGCUGGAAUCUCAGGUUUCACCACCACUCAUGUUUCCCCACCUAUUUCCCCUUGUCGCACUGAUAACCCAUACAUGAUUUAUGGAGAUGGUGAGGAUGAUUUACAGGGAUGUACUUUCAGUCCCGUCACCAUCCGGUCUGAGGUUGAUGAUGAUACUCCUGUGACAAAAGGGCAACUCCAAGCCAUUCAUGACAAGCUUGAUUCGCUACUUCAAGCUUCUAAGCCUUCUGACGACUACUCUCAAGCCUCUGUCAAGACCAUCCUUGAGACUCUCACCAAGGAACAUUCAUCCAAUAUUGAAAAGAUGACUACUGCUAUGGAUGAAUCUACAAAGUCCAACACAACUGCAGCAAAUGAAGACAUUUCUAGCUUGAGCACUUCUCUCAAGUUUGAGCGAGCAAAUUUUAAAGACAUUCGAACUGGUCUUAAAGAGAAGGCAACUAUGAAAAGUUGCGUCUAUGAUGUCACUGCCUUGCUCUCGGAUCUUAUUGAAGCCAUGUACCAGAUGAUUUCCCUCAAUGUGCGAAAACAUCUGGGAGAAAAGUUGCGGCAUGUGUUCGCUAUUCUUCAUCGUUUGGAAGGUUAUUCGGAAUCCUCCAGCAUUCCAAAACAAGGGGGGAUCAGCAACAACAAAGCCAACUGUUGUGAAACCAAAACAAAAUAUAGUCAAGCCUGUGCCUGUUGUCAAAAGAUAAAUAGAGCCAAAGGGUAA